CCGCCAAACGAAAACCCAUUUGCUUUCUCAAUUUCCGAACCUUUCUUGUUCUCGAAGAACUCGAAAAGAGACAACAAUGGCGGAGGCUUCUUCGUCUCCCUCCUCCUCCACGGCGGCGGCGGCGAAAGCGGAGGAGGAGAGGGCGGAGGUGCUCGAUCGGAUGCUCACGCGCCUCGCCCUCACAGACGACGACAAGCUCGAGCCCGCGCUCGCGAAGAUCCUGCCCUACUCCAUCGCCUCCCUCUCCUCUCCUUCCCCUUCGAUCCGAAAGAUGGUUAUGGAGAUUCUGACUCAUAUUAACAAGCGGGUGAAACACCGCCUAGAGAUCAGGCUACCCUUUUUGGAGCUGUGGAAAAUUUAUAAUGAAGCCAGUUCCUCUCCAAUGGUUAGAAACUUUUGUAUUGUUUAUAUUGAGAUGUCAUUCGAUCGCUUGCCUAAUGAGGAUAAGGCAAAUAUGGCUCCUGAUCUUUUAGUCAAUGUAGCAAAUAUUCCACCUCAACAUCAGGGCAUCAUCUUGAGGAUUGUUGCGAAGAUGAUUGGAGAUUGUCACUCAAGUCGGAUUGAUGAAAGUGUUGCUGCCAAGUAUAGAGCCAUUGGUGAUUCUAAGGAUGGGCAAGUAUUUUCAGAGUUUUGUCUUCACACUGUCUUAUAUCAAACACCAUCUACUGGUGUUGGUUGCCCAGCGGGACUUUCAGUUGCUCAAUCCGAUCGUGUUACUGGAAAGCUGCCUUUGAAAGGUGAUAUGCUUACAAAGAGAAAACUUGGGAUUUUGAACAUCAUUGAAGCCAUGCAACUAGCACCUGAGCUUGUAUAUCCUCUUUACUUAGCUGCUGCUUCAGACAGUCAAGAGCCGGUUGUUAAGAGAGGAGAGGAGCUAUUAAAAAGACAAGCUGCUGGCGUCAAUUUGGAUGAUUCUGACCUGAUUAACAGACUAUUUAUGUUGUUCAACGCAGGGACUAGUGGGGUAGAUAAUAUAGCUGUAGAGUUGAGGGUUGCUCCCGGGAGUUCUGCAUUGCGAGUGCGACUUAUGUCUAUUUUCAGCCGAUCAAUCACUGCAGCUAAUGCAUUUCCUUCCACACUGCAAUGCAUCUUUGGCUGCAUAUAUGGCAGUGGGACAACUUCAAGGUUGAAGCAGUUGGGGAUGGAAUUUACUGUCUGGGUGUUUAAACAUGCAGCACCAGAUCAGUUGAAACUUAUGGGCCCUGUUAUCUUGAGUGGAAUAUUACGUUCUCUUGAUGGUUCUUCAUCCACGGAAGCAGACUCCAUAACUAGAGAUGUCAAAACAUUUGCAUACCAAGCCAUUGGUUUGCUUGCUUCUCGCUUGCCCAAUUUGUUCAGAGACAAAAUUGACAUGGCUGUUCGACUUUUUACUGCUUUAAAGUUGGAGGACCAGUCUCUUCGUCUAACUAUUCAAGAAGCCGCCACUUCUCUUGCUGCUGCCUAUAAGGGUGCUCCAGAAGGAGUAUUGAAGGAUCUGGAAGCAUUUCUGCUAGAAAAUUGUCAAGUGGAACAAAGUGAAGUGCGUUUUUGUGCUGUGAGGUGGGCCACAAUUUUAUAUGAUUUGCAACAUUGCCCUAGCCGAUAUAUUUGCAUGCUUGGAGCUGCGGACACAAAGAUGGAUAUAAGAGAAAUGGCUCUUGAAGGCCUCCAUCUUACAAAAGAUGAGGAAAAGAUAUCUGGGAGAAAUACUGAUCUCAUAUAUCCGAAUUUAAGCAAGAUGGUAGAUUAUAUAUGUCGCCAGCAACCAAAACUAUUAAAGCAAAUGGAGGAAAAGCUGCUUUUUUCUUCGAAAACAUAUGUUGCAAUGAUCAAGUUUUUGAUGAAGUGUUUUGAGACAGAUUACAGGACGAACAGCUGUCAGUUCGAUGUUGAUCUAUCGGAUUCCCCAGCAGUAACAAUGUGUGUGCUGCUGGAGAAUGCUAUGUCAUCUGAAGGCUCUAGUGAACUGCAUUCUACUGCUUCUAAGGCUUUAGUCGAAAUUGGCUCUCAUUUACCAGAGUUGGUUGCAUCACGGUAUGUGGACCGUUUACAUUGGCUCAAGAGUCUAAUAGGCCAUAUUGAUCCUGAUACUCGGGAAGCUGCAUCCCGCUUGUUGGGGUUAGCAUGUUCUGCUCUUUCAACUUCAGCGGCAUCUAUUCUUAUAUCUGAGCUUGUUUCCUCACUUGGUGGAAGCCAUAAAUUAAGAUUUGAAAAUCAUCACGGUCUUUUAUGCACGAUUGGAUUUGUAACUGCAGAGUGUGUGAAGGACCCAUCUUUUAUCUCUGGGGAACAGUUUGUGAAUGUAGUUAAUGUUCUUGUUAAUAUGGUCGAGUCUGAAAGUACAACAUUGGCUGCUGCUGGAAUGGAAGCUCUUGGUCAUAUUGGUCUUCGUUGUCCGUUGCCUGUACUUCAUCACAGUUCAGUUUCAGACGGUGUUUUAACAAUCUUGCAGGAAAGGCUGAGCAAGCUGCUUUCUGGUACUGAUAUCAAAGCAAUUCAAAAGAUUGUUAUAUCUUUGGGGCAUAUAUCUGUAAAUGAAACUUCAUUUCCACAUCUCAAAGUUGCACUGGAUUUGAUUUUCAGUCUUUGCCGAUCAAAGGUUGAGGAUAUACUUUUUGCUGCUGGGGAGGCUCUAUCUUUCAUAUGGGGUGGAGUCCCUGUGACUGCAGAUAUGAUACUGCGAUCAAAUUAUGUUUCCCUUUCACAAAGCACCAACUAUCUUACCAGUGAGAUGCCCAUAUUCAUUUCGAAUGGUUUGCAUAAGAGCAGCACUGAUAAUGAGUCAUAUGGAAUGGCUCAGGAAGUGAUUGUCAAAAAACUCUUUGAUGUUCUUCUUUACAGUAGCAGAAAAGAAGAGCGCUGUGCUGGUACUGUCUGGUUGGUGUCACUGACAAUGUACUGUGGCAAUCAUCCAAAAAUUCAGCAACUUCUUCCAGAAAUACAGGAAGCCUUUUCCCACCUUCUUGGUGAUCAGAAUGAACUAACACAAGAUUUGGCAUCCCAAGGCAUGAGUAUUGUUUAUGAACUUGGUGAUCCAUCAAUGAAGCAAGAACUAGUUCGUGCGCUCGUAAACACAUUGACUGGUUCAGGGAAGAGGAAAAGAGCUACCAAGCUUAUGGAAGAUUCCGAAGUUUUCCAAGCAGGGGCUAUUGGUGAAAAUCUCGGUGGAGGAAAACUUAGCACAUACAAGGAGCUUUGUAGCCUAGCCAAUGAGAUGGGGCAACCUGAUUUAAUAUAUAAAUUCAUGGAUUUGGCUAACUAUCAGGCUUCUCUGAAUUCCAAGAGGGGGGCUGCCUUUGGAUUUUCUAAGAUAGCAAAACAAGCUGGGGACGCACUUCAACCACAUCUCCGUUCUUUAAUUCCUAGGCUUGUCCGCUACCAAUAUGACCCUGAUAAAAAUGUUCAGGAUGCUAUGGUGCAUAUUUGGAAGUCAAUAGUGGAUGAUUCAAGAAAGACGAUAGAUGAAUAUUUUGAUGUCAUCGUAAAUGAUUUGUUGACACAAUCUGGAUCAAGACUCUGGCGAUCACGUGAAGCUUCGUGUCUUGCACUUGCAGACAUCAUCCAAGGGCGGAAAUUUAGUCAGGUUUCAAAGCAUUUGAGAAGCAUAUGGACAGCCGCAUUUCGUGCAAUGGAUGACAUAAAGGAAACUGUACGAAAUUCUGGUGAUAGUUUGUGCCGUGCAGUGAGCUCAUUAACAAUUAGACUUUGUGAUGUUUCGCUUAGUACUGUCUCUGAAGCAAGUGAGACAAUGAAUAUUGUUCUGCCAUUCUUGCUUAGUGAAGGGAUAGUAAGUAAAGUUUCCAGCAUACAAAAGGCAUCGAUCAGCAUAGUCAUGAAACUUGCAAAGGGUGCUGGGUUAGCACUUCGACCUCAAUUGGCUGAUCUUGUUUGCUGCAUGCUAGAAUGUUUAUCAAGCCUAGAAGAUCAGAGGCUGAACUAUGUUGAGUUACAUGCAGCGAAUGUUGGACUCCAAACAGAAAAACUUGAAAGUUUGCGAAUAUCUGUUGCUAAAGACUCCCCAAUGUGGGAAACCCUCGAUGUUUGUCUAAAAAUUGUUGAUACACAGUCAUUAGAUGUAUUAGUUCCUCGCCUUGCCCAGUUGGUUAGAUCCGGAGUUGGCCUUAAUACUAGGGUAGGUGUUGCCAGUUUCAUCACCAUGUUGAUACAAAAGAUAACUGCCGACAUCAAACCAUUCACAACCAUGAUGUUAAAGCUCCUAUUUCAAGCUGUUGUGGAGGAAAAGAGUGCUGCAGUGAAACGGGCCCUUGCAUCUGCUUGUGCUAUCACUUUGAAAUAUGCAAGCCCACCUCAGGCUCAAAAAUUGAUAGAAGAUACUUCUGCUCUGCAUUUAGGGGAAAGAAAUGCACAAAUUUCUGGCGCAGUUCUUCUGAAAGCCUACUUAAAUCUUGCUCCUGAUGUUCUCAGUGGCUACCAUGCCAUAGUUGUCCCUCUUACUUUUGUUUUGAGAUUUGAAGAUGAUAAGGACAUUAGUACCUUAUAUGAGGAGCUAUGGGAUGAGAUAUCAAGUAGUGAAAGAGUCACCCUUCAACUGUAUUUGGGAGAGACCAUUUCUCUUAUUUGUGAGUGUAUUUCAUCAUCAUCAUGGGCUAGUAAAAGAAAGUCAGCCAAGGCAAUAAGAAAGCUGAGUGAUACUCUGGGAGAGUCUCUUUCAUCGUUCCACCAGAGUCUACUUAAAUGCCUUCUCAAAGAACUACCUGGUCGUUUCUGGGAGGGAAAAGAUGCUAUUUUGCAUGCAUUAGCUUCGCUAUGUUCAUCUUGUCAUGAAGCAAUAUCUGCUGAAGACCCUGCUGCUCCAAAUGUUGUUAUCACUGCUAUUUCUGCCGCCUGCGCAAAAAAAAUAAAAUCCUACCGUGAGGCGGCUUUCUCAUGCUUGCAGGAAGUAAUAACAGCAUUUAAAAAUCCAGAGUUUUUUGAUAGCGUGUUUCCCAUGUUAAUUGAGGUUUGUAAAGCAGCUAGUGCCAACAACAAGGCAGAUGCAAGUCUAACAAUCUCAGCCGGUGACAAAGGAAAUGAUGAAAGUGAAGAUAUCUCUGUUCCUCUUGAUAAAGUUUUAGAUUGUGUUAGAUCUUGCAUUCAGAUAGCUCUUCUGGAUGGUAUCCUUAAUCAGAAGCAAAGUAUAAUAGAAGUGUUCAUAACUUCCCUUUCAGGUGGACACAAUUGGCCAGUUAAAAUGGCAGCAUUUUCAUCAGUUAAAGCGCUAUGUCUUAAGUUUCAGCCUGUUUCGCGUGAUCCUUCUGCCUAUUCCCAAGAUGCAAUUUCUUUAAUUAAUGAGUUGCUUCACUCGGUGGCACCAAAAAUGGUUGAAUGCAUACAAUCAAUUAAGAUUUCUCAGGUUCAUACGGCCGCCUCAGAGUGCCUAUUGGAGAUGAUCCAAUUGUACAGAGAUUUUCCGUUGGAGUACAGAAAGAAUAUAGAGUUCAAGGAUGCGUUGGCUCACCUAUGCGGAGUGGAAAAAAGUGAACAGGCAAAGACAGUACUAAGAAAAUGCACUACCAUUCUAGAAGAGCUCGAGCUAGAGAUAGCUGCGCGUUAAUGGAUCUGGAUUUUCCCGACUACCGGAGAUCUACACGUGCAAAAUACCAUCAAUCCCCAUAAUUCCUUUUUUUUUUUUGGGCGAAGUGUGCGUCUUAAUAGCUGCUUCAUAUUUGGCACCCUGCACCUUGGAGCAUCGAAAAUUAUAUUCUUUGUAUCCUUGUGAAUUGUACCUUUCUGCCAUUAGGAUGUUGGAUGUUUACCAGUGUAAGUUCUAUACCAUUAUUACUCUAUUAAAAUAGAAUAAGAAUUAGAAUUAAAGAACUGUUGCAAUGAA